GGUCGCCGUAACCGCCAGGAAUGAACGACAGAACGAACGGGGCGGAAUGGAACGUGAAAAGUUCGAGGGGGUCAGGUGGGAACGGAGGUGUGCGUAGGAGCGCGCGAGUGGGAGGCGCCAUGUGUAGUAUAUAGGUGUGUGAAACUCCAGCCGCGCGACACCAGACACAGUAAGUCCAGCCGUAGCGAGUCCUCCUCCCUCCCUCGCGGAUAAUACUUACUGCUCGGUGGAAACGAGAGCGACCACGUGGUUUUUCUCUCUUGCGUUGUGGACGGACGGACGGACAAGAACUUUUCUCCCUCGCUUGUGCACUGCUUUGCGUUUUUCGUCAGCCUUUCGGUGAAGAUUGCGUGAAUGCUUCUACUGCCGCGAAUUUCAUCGGCAAAGCGACACCGAUGCAGGUCUUUCUAACUCCGAGGCCCCUUCCUUGUCUAUGGAGACUUUGUCAAAGUGAUGUGUGACGUUGGUUGUCUCGUCGUCUGUGUUUCAUCGAGGAAGAUUCCUUGAAAAGUGGAUCUGGUUCCAGUCUGUGACUUCAUAGUUCGCUUCGGUGUUGUCCAGAAUCAGAGGAAUUUAUUUAACGUCGUCCACGAUGGCCUUAACGAAAAAUCCCAUGAAGACCAUCCUGAUCACCAGUAGUGUUUCUUUCGUUGUUUUGAGCGUCAUUGCAGAAGUCACCGCCAGCAAAUCGGUCCAGCAACAGAGGUCGUUCAGGUCAUCGCCAAUGCUAUAUAUCGUCAACGGCACGGAAUCCCUCAUAAGAGAAAACAAAGACGGGUUCGUUUAUUGUUACAGCAAUUUGAGACUUCCCGGGAGGCCGUCACCCCUGGCGGUCCUAUGGACAGACCCCCAGGGCAAGCCCCUCCUGCCGUUUUCCAAAGUAGACGUGAAAAAGGAAAGGAUGUUUUCCGUCCAGCAAGAUUUCUUUAGGCCCAAUGCUUACCUGGUCUUCAGGAACUUCGACGAGACCUUGGAAGGCCUGUACACCUGCAACCUGCUCUACCUGGGCAAACUCGUGGCGUUGCGGUCAAUUCACCUGAAGUUGUUUCGACCGACAUUCCGUGUGGUUGCGCUACCGAGGUGUUUGACGGUCAGGGCAGGAGGCACGGUGCUGAUCCCUUCUCCCGUCACAGGUCACCCAGAAAGACCUCCCUACUGGAGAAGAAUAGGUGGCGACGAUGACCCGUCCACCGCGGUUCAGCUGCCAACAGGUCUCCUUGUACAAGGCAUUCAAGAAUCUGCCGUCUACCGGGCAGUGGCUCGCCUGGGCGGAGGCCUCACCCACCAACAGGAUGUGACUCUGUCGGUGAUCCUGCAUGACGGCAGGGUGAAGGAAUUGAGGAGUAAGCCUAGGGUAGCAACUUCAGCCCCAUCAAAAUGUCUAAGUAGACCUGUGCCCGGGGCACCUCUAUACUCCUCUAGCGUUGUCAUCGCCAAUGACCUCAUUGCCGACAUGCAGAUGGCAGCUUGCUGCAGCGACCCAGAAGACGGCAGACAGAAGUAGAUAUGGAGAGACACAGGGUAGUACUAUGGGAAGCCUCCACCACUACCGCCGUUGCGAGAGCACAGCAAUCAGCGGUGAAGGUUCUUGGAUGACUAUGGGAAAGAAGGGACUCAUGAUGUUAAACCUAGGAAAUAAAACAAGAACUGGACGAUAUAGACCGGAAAUAUGUCAUUCCUCCCAGAAUGAUACCUACGGUUGCCAAGAGUCCAUAGAAAGGAUGGCAACGCAAUAUGAAGAUUACUCUGAACCUGAGGUUUAUCUAACGGCAAAACUAAAAUAAAUCAAUCAGUAAAAAUAAUUAGGUAAAUAAAUAGAAGAAAAUAGAUAGGUUGGGAAGGUUUACUAGAUUUAAUUGAGGUUCCUGACUCUACAACAUAAAAAUUAGAAACCUUAGGGAAUUACCAAUGGCACUUUCUUUGUCCAGUUCCAGUUCUUAGUGAUAGAGAUAUUCUGAUUGAAUUCUUUUAAUCCUUCACCUCGUAAAUCUACCCUGGGGUGGCUUCCACUUCGCUACAUUAGUCCAACUUUCAGUUUUGAGGUGCCAUGACCCGUUUAACAAAACUUUGAAUAGAAUAAAAAGUCUUCUUAGGUCAGAGACACUUGGUAACGCAAGGAAGACAGCUGUCCGAACAUCAGGAGUUUGGCAAAAAAGACGAGUAAAAAUAGUCAUGAGACAUACACUAGUCUCACAUUGCAAAUUACCUGAAAUAAAGCUUAUAAGUUACAGCCAGUCUUGAGGAAAACAGAAUUUACAAGAAGGAUUAACUAAUAGAUUUCAUGUUAUAAUCUGGUCUCACAACAAUCCAGUUAUUUUGACUUGUAUGUCUGUACGAAUACUAAAGGAAAGUGUUCAUUAGCUGUAUAUAUGAAUAUACAGAGCUCAAACGGAUAUCCCAAAUGUUUAGCCACUUUGUAUAAUUUCUAUUUUUGGUAUGCCUUUGUUGGCUGGACAAAAUUAAAGCCUACCUAUUCAAGCUGUGUUGUUGAUCAUUUGCUUCAAAAAGGAAAACACUUGUGUAUUUUAAAAUCAAAGGUUAUUGUAGAUAAUGACUAGGCGCUCAUAAAUAUACAUAAUUCAUUAUUGUGUACGAAAAAUUUCACACGUAGUUACAGAUACUGACAAAUAUGCUUACAGAGUUCUCAAAUAUUUAUAUACUUGUAAGC